CACACACACACACACACACACAGACACACACUGACUGACUUAUUCUUAUAUAAGGUACUCUUCAAUUCUUCCUUCGUCUCCUUCUGUGAUCCUUAAACCCGCAACAAAAGCGAGUGGUUUAAUUUCCUCCUCUCCUCAUCAGGCCUAGAAGGACCUGGAUACCACCCAAGGGAGAUGAGAUAAUAUCCCACUGGCCUGACCGCCACCCAUCCUCUCACCCCUCUCUCUCUCUCUCUGCCCAGGGGCCUUGACGAGCACAAACCGAAACGCUCGACCGAUCACAGACACAAAUGCACGCACCGUAUUCCCCUCCGUCCUUCCGCCUGUGUGUCAGUGUCUGUGUGUGAUGAGCUGUGACUUGCUAGGCCAACCGUUUCUCUGUAGAGUGGAGCAGCCAUGUUAGGACAGCUGUGUGCAGCUGUGGGCACCAGACAGUCAGAGAGACAGGUCUGUCACCCCCAAGCUGUGAUAAUCCAUCGGCUGAUGAGAGCACAGAUUAUGGUAACAGUGUGAGUGUCAAGAUGGGUAAACUGUUUUCCAGUGCAAUGUUUGACAGGUGCUCACGGUGUAGUAUGUGCUGUAGUGGGUAAGUUGAGCUAUGUUGGAAAGAGAUGAUGUCGGGUAUUUUUAGUAUUCAACACCUCUUGGUGCCAAUGAGAAAAGCAGAAAGGAUAUAGAGAAAAACUUGACUUUUUACUCAGGAUCAGUCAAGAGAUGUUCCAAAUCUGCAGGAUGGGACAAUUUUGAAAUAUAUUAGAAAGAUCUCUUACAUUAUUGUUAAGUUGGCACCAAUAUCACUUUUGUUCUGUACCUAGCCAGAUGCACUCUUUCAACAAAAUUAAUUUUUUACCAGUUUUUGGUCGUUUGUCAUCGAAGAGAUCUCACACACAUUGGAACAUGUUGCUGUUUGUCUCGAAAUCAAAAGCACAUCAUUACCUUUCUUUUCAUUUACACAUGAUCUAUAGUAGGUAACUGCCUUGUAAUACAUCGUUAUUGUUGGCAACAUAUCCUGGCAUUAAUGUAUUGUGUUAAGUUAUGAUUUCCACCCCUAUCUACAGUAUGUAACUCAAUUAAUUUCCAUCGAUUCGAUUCUAUCUGUGUGAUGUGUUUGCUCAGAGUGAGUGUGUUGUGCUCAGUAAUAACAAAGUUUUCCAACAAGCAAAGGCAAAAGACUGUUUAUAGCUGAUGUUAUCAAAAAUCUCAAAAUGUUACUCGAUGGUGCGCUGGUGACCUUUAUUGCUUUAUCCAUCAAAGUCAAACCAACAUGUUUUCUUGUGCCAAGUUGGAACUUUAUAGCAAAAUCAAAAAGCUAUAGGGGAUAUAUGAUGAUAAUAAUACUUUAAAAAAAACUUAUUUCAUUGUAAUCCUUCCUUAAAUAGACUUUAUUAGUUGCUUUUCAAAAUAGACAUGUCAUGACUGUCUUGAUAAUUGCAUCCCCCGAGAACAGGGCAAGAAAAAAACAUAUAAAGGGAACAAAAAAUUGGAAGAAGCCUUGGAAAAGGAUCAUGCAGGAAGAGAUCCCUUUUCAGAACUACUAGUUUUGCAGCAAGUGCUAUGGAUGAAGCAUGGAAAAAUCCUGCAUUUAGUAACAACAGCGACAUCAAUAAGAUGGCAGGGUACACAGUAUCUGCACCGUCCCGCCAAUUCAUGUGGAACAAGGCCACAUAAAUACUGCUACUAUAGACAGUAAAUGUACUUUAAACUCUCCCUCAGAGUCUUUUUGUGGCGUUGCAACGUUUCGCCAGUACCCCCCCACAUACUUCUCUCUGUGGGCUCCUGGCCCUGCUACACUCUUGCUCCUCAGAACCAAGGUCGGCAAGAUAACACUGGCUCCAAGCAUGCAUCAACUCCCCACAAGAGAUCUGACCAUAAUCAGAGAAGAAAAGAAUAGGGAGGGAGUUUUGAGGGAGCAUUGUUCCUGUUUUUAACUAAACUGCACAAAGAAAGGGGAUCGUUCAUUGUCUUCCACUUCUGGUACAGUAUUCCCUCUCUGAUUACAGUGUCAAUAGUUACCAGAGAUGAUCUGGUAAACACACAUUCACAUUGACAUACUGAAACAUUUAUGUGAUAUUUUCACAAAAACCUCUUUGUCAUAGCUUUAAUUGCACCGCGUGUCUGAAAUCACACAAUCAGACACUGUGUGCAGCAGGUCUGCAUCUGUUUUUAAUCAUCGCACCUCCUCCAUUGACCAUCAGGAGCAGAAGCUGGACUGUUUUUAACAGCAUCUGCCACCUCUGCAUGAAGUGACACUUUGAGAGCUACCUCAAGUAACACAAACAAGAACCACAAGGUUAAUGACGGCCGUGCGUUGACCUGCCAAUUAACAGGGGUUACUUGGUGGGGGUUAGGAUUUUAAGGGUGCAGCAAACCCAACUGAGAGGACAAGUGGUCCGUGGAGUGGCGCCAACGCUGUGUCUAAUCCUGAGUGUCGUGGGGGGGUUAAGCCGCUCUGACAUAAGGCCCUGAUGGACCAGCCUCUGAUCACUGCUGAUAAUGAGUCAAGCCAGACAGAAUUUUACACACUGUCUCAAACGCAAUGCCAGUGUGAUAAUGAGAACAGCUAAUCAGGUCUGAGCUCUUUUCAGUGCACUAUGCCGCAUCAUAACAGAGCUGUAUUAGCUCAGGCUUAAGUUAACAACAGAAGUCGGAGUUGGAGUUGUCUUGAGUUAUACUGUUGCACCUCCGGUUUAAUGGGCAGAUACUCGUUAUGAGGAUCCUAAAAAGUUCAGAUUUUCUUGACAGAUUUGCAGAGAAUGGAGGUGAAAUGUCUGGGACCUCUUUAACCUUAUGCCCUUACAUUCCUCUGGGUUCAAUUAAGACCGUUUGUCAAUACAGCAGUUGCAGCCUGAGGAGCUUCUUCUGAGGACAAUUCCUGGACUUAUUUGAUCAGUUUGGUCAUUGUUUUGCAAAAAAUACUAACCACCUAAACUGUAACAAUACAGAGAAGGCAAACAGGUAAUGAUAUUUCUCAACAAAGGACAAUUUUAAUACAUGAUAAUGUCCCAUUAAAGCAUUAAUGGAUUAACUGAGCAUUGGUGGAUAAAACACAGUUCAGGUUUUAAUAACAAGAUUGGUUUCAUUGUCCCCUACUGAAUAGCCUCUCCUCCCUCAAACGUCUCUUCUUUACCAGAUGUAUUUACCUGUUUGGUUGGUAAUUUAGGUUUGCUUGUACUUGAAGGAAGCAUCUUGGCAUCCAUCCUUUGUUGGUACUGGUGAUAUGUUUUUGUCAUUGAGAUGAUGCAAGUCAUUAGACUAGAUUGAAGAACUAACUGACUUGAUGCUAAGUUAAUGGACAAAAUAUGCCACCAGUCAGAAUGAUGAAAUGCACAUUCUGUUGUGUUAAUGCUUCAAAUCUCAGCUGUGUAUUGGUGUAGUUGAUGUUUAACGUGCUAUGUCUUCAGUCAGGAGUCAUAUUAGCCAGAUGCUAGUUUAAAAAUCUUUAAUUUUGAUAGAUCGCCUAAAUGGGGAGCAAGCAAGAGGGGUGUUUUCUCCUUGUUUUCUCUAUCUGUACCUUAGCAUGUCUUUGCAUGUAGCCCGACAUCUGGACUCCACCUUGGGCCAAAGGUAUGAACUUCAAAAGGCAAAGCAGAGACAGAGGCACACCAGGAUGAUUUCACCACUGACAGGACGAACUCCAAGCAUCUGGCUCAAACCUUAUUUUGAUCUCCUGUGCUUUAUUUCCAGUUGGCCCUUCUCAGUGGAGAUGAAGGGCUGGAGUGUGGGGUGUGGGGAUAGAGAAAAGCAUGGCAGCAACUUGGCUCUGAGUCAGAAGAACUGCUUUCCUGAAUGUUUAAAGUACAUUUUUAACAGAUAGAACCAGAACAUGGGUUUUUCUUUUACUAAACAAGAUGACAGAUGUUUGGGAACACCUGGAAUAUAAGUAUACAGUGGGAAAGUAUACAUUUUAAGCAUCAGCCGCUAAUGGAAUCAGUAAUAAAUUAGUAUAUUUGACAGAAGUGGAGCAUGUGCUGCAGUUAAUCAUAGCACCUCCUCCUCUGGUUGACACUAUACUCUACCUCAACCAUGGCUCAUGUUUUACAUAUACAAGUAGUAUGUUACGUCCAUGCAACUCAGCUGUUGUUAUGUUUUGUUUAAGGUGUUACACUUGGUGGUAACAUUUAAGCACCAAUGGUUGCUGUUGUUUAUUGACAGAGACAGUUGGAGUUUCAUGACUUAUCACAUAUGGUUAACUGAGUCAUCUAAAGCCAGGAGCUCAGGGACUGCAUGUUUGUGUGUCUAUGUGUGUAUGCAGUAUUCCUUGUUAUGUCUAUUGGAGGUCAAAAACAGGUCACUUGGGUCAGAAAUGGAAAAUAAUGACAGUAAUAAAAAAUAAGUAUGACGAUAAGCACAGAGAAUAAUAUAGAAUUAACAGCUGACAGUGUUUACAUGACAGUGAUGUGUAGUGUAUCAUGUUUUUGUUUUUGGAUGCAGUUCUAUCAGACUUAAUUAAAACUUGAAUUUUUUACUGAUUAUCUGACUCUUUUUCUACACAGAUGCACAGAGAAACUCUCCUCUGGGAGAGUGGGGAUAAUAAAUCUUAGGCUCAGUGGAGGAGUGUAUGUGGUCCUCGGUGACUUGUUAAUUAGGCAUGAAUAGCAAAGCCAUUAUCAGGGCUGGUUUCAUGGGACGAAAAGGAGACUUGACACUUGACAAAAUACAGCGAUUUCAAACCAGCCUAGACAUUCAAUUCAUUAUUAUAGAAUAAAGUAGCAAACAUUUUGUUUAGCUUUGGUGGUACUAGAAUGAAUUCCCUUUGAUCGCAUUGGUUAUAUGUGAGUUUAUGUGUGUGCAACAUGAUGUAGUAGAUGCAGUACUCCGAUUUCUCUUGAGAGAAGAGAGGCCUCUUUGUGUUGGUGACCACAGGCUCUGAGCCACACACACAUUCUCAUAUAUACACCCAGAGAGGCUCGAAUUAGACCUGGAAGGUCCUUUAUUUUACCUCAGGAGAGACGCUCUCUGGAGACAGACCAGGUUCGUGUGAGGACGUGUCAAAUAAAUGGGCCUUCCGAAAUAUGAGCUUGGUUUUGUCCACCGUGUAUAUAUGGGUGGGUGCUCUCUUUGGGUUUCACUAUAGAGAGAGCCUCUGUUUUUGUGAGAGUUAAUCAAACAUUUAUUGCGUUAUUCUGGGAUGCUGAAAGUGUUCAGAGCUGUGAAAUGUCCCUUGCUCUUGAUGAAGGGAUAUUAAAAACAAGUCUGGACAGAUCUUGACUCUGUAGCCCCGUCAGCAAAUAUUUUGCAUGUAUUUGUUUGGUAAAAGAGACAGUGAGUGAGAAGGGGUGAGAGUCUUGUCUAUUGUUUGCACACUCGUAGGUGUGUGGAAAUCUUUGCAUGCACGACUAGUAAAUGAUCAGCCAGUUCUGGACCUGUUAUUUUGUAUGUUAUGCCUCUAAAAAUGCAUCUACUUGACAACACAAACUGCUCUUCCUGUAAUGGCCCCAACAUUAAUCAUGUUAAAGUUUGCUCAGAAUCCAAACUAGGAAUAUUUCCGAAUGGCAACCAACCAUGUAUGCAUUGGUAUUUGGAUCUGUGAGUGUGUAUCAAUGCACUGGGUGUGUCCUAUAGGGCAAAGGCUUUCUGAGUAAAUCUUGCAUAGGCUCUACCCUGAGGGUAGAGCUGGGUUUUAUCUCCUCAGGACACAAGUGUCAUCUCUCUGUCUUCAGCCACAGCCUCAGGGCAGUGAGAUGGAAGCUGAGAUUGGACAUGGGGAUUAGUGUUGAAGCUGCCGUUUUAAGAUAAAAUGCAUUUUUUUGGCGCUGAAUGGAAACUUUAUGGAGUUUGAUAGCUGUUUCAGGCAUCAGAUUUUCUACUCAUAAGCUGCUGGAAUAGCCUGCAAAAAAAAUAUAUUCGAACAUCAUGAUUCACACAGACAUCCCUUGCCCUCUAACACAAUCUCCGCCUCACACAAUGGUGCACGGAUGCAAAAUGCAGACGCACAAACAAUGACUUUCCCCUGCUGUCCGCCGGGUGUGGAUUGUGUGUGUUUGUAUAGUGCUGUUGGAUAGUUUGGGAUGUGGGGCGGCGUGUGCAUUGGAUAAAGGGGCAUCCGCUGUGAGGUAGAGCAGAAAGAGAAGGGAGCAGGACAGGGCAGUUGUGCAGAGCAAGUGCUACAAGGGCUGAAAUAACAGUGGAGGAAGAGACCGUGUUUCCCUUAGGCCAGGGAGUUUCCAGUCGCACAUGGAAGUCACUGCUGGAAGGAGAUCGCUGUUGGUUUGAUAUGAGCAGAAGCCCAAAGCACGGCCCGAGCCCGCAGUCCAGCGUCGGCGACCAGGUUGACCACCUAUCCCUGGCCUCCCUGGAUUCAUUGGACACCAUGUCUGAGGCCGACACACCCACAGGAUUUACCCGUGGCAGCCGGGUUCGUGCUAGCCUGCCCGUGGUGCGAUCAACCAACCAGACAAAGGACCGCUCGCUAGGUGUACUGUACCUGCAGUACGGGGACGAGACCAAACAGAUCCGCAUGCCUAAUGAGAUCACUAGCAUCGACACUGUCAGAGCUCUGUUUGUUAGUGCCUUCCCGCAGCAGCUCACCAUGAAGAUGUUGGAAUCGCCCAGCGUCGCCGUUUACGUCAAAGACGACAUGAGGAAUAUGUACUACGAGCUUACCGAUGUCAGGAACAUCACAGAUCAUUCCUGCCUGAAGGUCUACCACAAAGACCCAGCACAGGCGUUCAGCCAUGGGCCAAGACCUGCCAAUGGUGAUGCCAGGAUGCACAGCGAGAUGGUGCAUGGCGGUCGUGAUGGCCCACACCCUCUGAGACAGCCCCCCAUGGGUCCCCCACCACACCACCCCAUGCAGGGAGUACUACCCCCAGCUCCCCACUCCAUGCCCCCAUCACCCUCCAGAAUCCCAUUUGGCCCACGGCAGGGCUCUAUACCUGGCAGCGCCACUAUCCCAAGGGACCGACUGUCUAAUGCCAACCCUCCGGCCCGCUCCAUCUCACCCUGUCCCAGCGCUAUCCUGGAGAGACGGGAUGUCAAGCCGGAUGAGGACAUGGGUGGUAAAAGCCAUAGUCUAGCCAGGGGAAAUGAGGGGUUGUAUGCAGACCCAUACUUACUCCAAGAGGGAAGAAUGAGCAUGGUUACUGCCCAUGGACCACACCCCAACCCUGGACUUGAUGGUCCAGAACAUGGCAUGGGAGGAUUUCACCGUGCCUCCAUCCGCUCCACAAGCUCUUACAGUGGACCCAGCCCCACAGACACUAUGGAUCACCCCUCUCUGUACAGGCAGAAGUCCAGAAACAGCCAGCUGCCUACAUUGGGCUCCAAGACUCCUCCUCCAUCCCCUCACCGCAUGGCUGAGAUACGGAUGAUUGACAUCCAUGGCGCACCUCCUCAUGGUGUGCCACCUCAUGGUGUGCCACCUCAUGGUGUUCCACCUCAUGGUGUUCCCAUGGAGAGAAGCUCACCUGUGCGCCAGUCCUUCAGGAAGGAGGAAGUGACAGGGACCAAGCCCCGGAGCAACAUGGGAUCACCUGUGGUUGCAGACCUCCAGGGUCACCUCCAGGGGCCCAUCCCACCUGCCAGUGACCAUCAGACACGAGAGCGAAUGAAGGCAAUGGAGCACCAGAUUGCCAGCUUGACUGGUCUUGUUCAGCAUGCACUUUUAAAGGGGCCAAACACUAGUGGCACCAAGGAGUCUCUAAGUGAGAGACCACCGAAGACAUCAUCUCCAGCCCACAGUGCACAUAGCUCAGGUGGUUCCCCAGUCUUGGCUCCCAAGAGCAAUGCAGUCCCAUCAGACAAGGGCUCAGUUCCUCUCAAAGUCAACCUCCUGCAGUUCAGGAAGAAUGUUUCUGACCUCAGGAUGCAACUCCAUCAGAUGAGACAGCUGCAGCUCCAAAACCAGGAAGCAUUACGAGUCCAGCUGAAGCGGGCAGAGCAGGAAAUCAGUGUAAAACUUGCAGAGGCCAUGCGGGGUUUGGAGGACCCUGUCCAGAGGCAGAGGACUAUGGUAGAGGAGGACAGGCACAAGUACUUGGGUCUGGAGGAGUGUGUCCUCACACAACUUGGUGAGCUGGAGCAGUAUGUAGUCUCUCUGCAAAAAGACUCACACAGAGUAGUGACCCUGAAGGAUGUGGAGGAGGGAGCGGUGACUUUGAGGAAGGUGGGAGAAUCUCUGGCAGGGCUCAAAGGAGAGUUCCCAGCCCUACAAACCAGAAUGCGGGCAGUGCUCAGGGUGGAAGUGGAAGCUGUCAAGUUUUUAAAGGAGGAGCCUCAUAAACUGGACAGCAUGCUGAAAAGGGUCAAGAGCCUGACUGACACACUCAGCAGUCUGAGAAGAUGUGCUACUGAGGGCCUUCAGAAAGGACCUGAUCCCUCUGCUAAUGUCCCAGUGGAAAACCGCCCUACAGCAGCAGCAGAAGCCCCUGCAGAGGCUCCCCCAGCAUCAGUUCAGCCUGGCUCCACAUCAGCCCCACUGGAGCCCCAGAGCUCCACCAUCAGAUCAGAGGUAAUGCCUUCCUCUCCGGUGGUCAUCCAUCAUGUCCAGAGCGCCCCGGUCCACAUUCAGCAGUCCCAGCAGUCCGCAGCCUUGACAGCUCAGCCCAGUCCACCGCUCACACCCAGCCCCUCUCACGUCCCCAGUCCCAACCCGAUCAAGAGUCAAGGCCGGGAAUCCCCCAAGGGGGCGGCCUCAGAUCCACCGAGUCCCGCUCGCCAUAAGAGGACACACGGGAACCCGGUGAACAAUGGAAAUGGCACUGCCAAUCAGGUUCUUGUCAUAGAGGAGCUCCAGAACAGUCAGGGCAAGAGCAAAAGCAGAGCUAUGUCCAUAGAGGCAGCAGAGAAGGAAUGGGAAGAGAGGAGGCAGAACAUGGGUCAUUAUGAUGGGAAAGAGUUUGAAAAGAUCCUCCAAGAGGCCCAGGCCAACAUGAUGAAGGGAAUUCCCAGUCUAGACAUUGAAGAGAACCAAGGGCUGCCCCCUGCUGCCACAGGAGAACAAGCAGAGAUCCACAACCCUUUGGAGUCACCGACAGAAGAGCCCCAGUCUGAGCCUCACUCUGACAAACUAGGCAAGAAGGGGCCUGAGAAACUCCCAAAGCCUGUGAUAGAGAAACCAGCCAAACCUGCACCCACCAAGACUGCCACCAAACCAGCACCCACUGACAGUUUUACCAAGCAGGGGUCUGAAAAAUCUAGCAAGUCCCCACCACCACCUCCUCCUAGGAAGACCUACCCCAGCUCGAGCUCAGGCAUGACAACCACGCGCUCUGGCGAGGUGGUCUACACCAGCAGGAAGGAGUCCGUCUCAGCUCAGGAGGGUGAAGAGGACACUCCACCUCCCUCCCCCCAAGCCAAGCCCACCAAGGUACCACCAGAGACCAAGCCGAAGCCAGCCACCCCUCCCCCUGUCACUGCUUCUGUUACUGGAGAAGAGGAGGAUGAAGGGGACAAGAUCAUGGCAGAGCUCCAGGUUUUCCAGAAGUGCACAGUUAAGGAUGUAGGGGUGAAAAAUUUGGUAGAACCCACCACUCGAAUUGAACCGCAAAUCAGAGAACUAAGACCGGGGGCAUUAUUGCCCCUCAAAGAGAAAAAGCAGAGCUCAGAGCCCAGUCGAGAGGAUAAAGAUCCAGACACAGAUGAAAAUGGCAACACUACUGUCCGACAGAGCCAAGGGGUCAUAUACUAUGUGACUGGCCAGAUUCCCAAAGAGCAUCCACCCCCACCACCAGGACCGGAGGAAACCCCAGAACACCGAGAGCCCACACAGCCUCCAUCACAGGUGUCAAAUGUCAAUAUUAAUGACAAUUCUCCAAGCCAGCAGCAGCAGCAGCAGCCGCCAAUGUCUCCACCACCAAAAUCACCUCCACCUAUAUCACCUAAGCCUGUGGGACUGAAAGGAUUCAAACUUCCAAGGAAGCAAGUUAAACGCUCUGAAUCCUUGAAGACCAGUGCAGAAAUGGAGAAGGGAAAAAUGCUCAAUAAAAUUAACACUGAAAAGAAAAGUAAAGUCAUCGAGCAACAUGUUUCUUCUAGCAAGAAUAUUAUACCUGAGCCUGUGGCAACCACCACAACCAAUACCAUAAGAGAGGCACCUAAAAGCUCUGUUGCUCCACCAAAAAAGGCUCCUAGUGAGGACCGUAAUCCACCUAAAGCUACCUGUGAUGAGGGUAAUGAGGAGGCAGGUCUUAGUCCUGAUUUACCUGGAGAAGAGGCACCUCCACCCCCUGAUAACAUAGCAUUUAUGAUCACCAACACCAAAGUUCAGGCCCUGUCCUGUGGAGAGUACCAGGAACUGGUGAAUGCCAAGAAAGGAAGUGUCCAGACCGUUACUGUAGGUAGUGCCUCUAACCGAGGGAACACCACAGCGGAUCCCUCCUUGCCACAGGAUAAUGGCUUCAGUAAGAAGCCCGUCAUCAUCAUUUUUGAUGAGCCCAUGGACAUCCGUUCAGCUUACAAGCGGCUGUCUACCAUCUUUGAAUGUGAGGAGGAACUGGACAGGAUGCUAGCAGAAGAGCGCAUUGAGGAGGAGAGUGAGGAGUCUGAUACAGAGAGGAGUGGUGGGCUGCAGGUAAAAUCUGGAGGGACUGAGGUUGUUGAUGGCAAAAAGGUCAGCUCUUCACAGGUCAAUGCAGACCACAUUAGCUUAUCAUCCUCAUCCUCAUCUUCAAUCUCUGAGCUGACAGACAGCGGAGUGAACUUAGAGUCAAAUGGUGACAGCAAGCAGGAUGGCAAAAAGAAGUUCAAGUUUAAGUUCCCUAAGAAACAGCUGGCGGCAUUGACCCAGGCGAUUCGCACUGGCACCAAGUCAGGCAAGAAGACUUUACAGGUGGUUGUGUAUGAAGACGAGGAGGAAUGUGACGGUACUGUCAGGCAGCACAAAGAAGCAAAGAGAUUUGAGAUUGCACGCUCAAAAUCCUUAGCAGACACACCAAAGGUAACAGGCUCGGCUGCGCUGAAGAGGCAGAACUCUGAGUCCCUUGGCAGGACCAAUGAGAUCAGGAAGAAUACCUACAAGACACUGGACAGCCUGGAGCAGACCAUCAAGCAGCUAGAGACCACUAUUAGUGAGAUGGGACCACAUUCCCCUGGGGAGCCAGUCUACACAGAGGAAGCUAAAGCAGGGAAUGGGAAAAGCUCAGAAGGAGUGGGGCUGAAGAGGUCUUCCUCUCUCCCUACCUCCAGAGGGUCAGGCCCUAAGGUACCCAGCAAAAAUUCAUUGCAGAAGAAGAUUAAACCUCAGCUCCUUCCUCGCCCUAUAGUCAUCCCUACUACCACCACCACCAUCACCACCACCACUGUCCCCAGUGUCCCCAGCACUGUACAACAGAAUACCAGUGUCGCUUCCCCAACUAGUCGGAUGCCCGUCCCUUUGUCUGCGAAGUCCAGGCAGUCGCCGGGUACUACUGACAAAGCAGGAAAACAGCAAAAACUGCAGGACGCUCAGAGGCAGUUCCGACAGGCUAACGGAAGUGCUAAAAGAGUGGGAGGGGAUCAUAAGACUACUUCCCCUACUAUACCCAUCUCUAAAAUCCCUGCUUUUUAUCCUAGCUCUACUAAAGGCAGCUCCCAGUCUGCACAAAACUCCGAUGCUACUAAUCCCAUUAACCCUUCCUCCUCCUCCUCCUCCUCCUCCUCUUCCUCCUCCUCUGUGACAAAAUCCUCAAUCCUGUCCUCUCACACUCCUCGUUCCGGUUCCCUACCUUCCUCGCACAUCCCCUCCCUGUCUAACGGAUCCCUCAAACUCCCCACACCCUCACAGCACACCGGUAAAGCUCUUUCGUUUUCCUCGCAGAAUGGUCGAGUGCACUCCUCCUCCUCCUCCUCCUCUUCAUUCUCCUCCUCCUCAUCCUCCUCCUCCCCCUCCCCUCUGUCGCCCACACCUUUGGGCCCAGGUGGAAAGAGCAUCCGUACCAUACACACCCCCAGCUUCACCAACUACAGGUCCCACAACGGCAGCAGCGGCAAAUCCUGCAUCCCAACAGCCACAGCAGCUAAGGACACUACCUAGCUCUAUUAUCGCCCCAUGGCUUUACCGCAUAGCAGGUAGAUCUGGUCAUGUGUCAUUUUAUAUAGUUCUGGUUUGUGGUUUUUCUUUUCUGUGUUUUAAAGUUUUUGUAAAAGUAUUAAGUGACGCACUCCCCCAAUUCAUGUUUUAUUUGACACUGGCUUUCUCACAUCAAUGCUUUUAUCUCCUUUAAGUUGCAUUUUCGAAUUCUGAAAAAUACUUACUGGGAUUCUGAUUCUUUCUUGAAGGUGUACCAGAUGUUCUAUUUUAUAAUAGUUUUACCACUUUGUAGUUGAAGUGGAAGGUUCUCAUGGUGUUGAAAAUCUAUUUUUCUCGCUGUAGCUAUGACUAGGGAAUAUAGAGUUGAUGUACAAUCACAACAUACCAUGUAAAUGUUUUAUUUUUCAAAGCAGAGAUUGAAUAACCAUAGUAUAUUUAAUCUUCUAUAUUUCUUAUGUUGCCAGACAUUCAACACAGCCCUUGUAAAUGCCUUUUAUGAAUGUAUACAUGGUGUAUACAGACAUUUUAAAGUUUAAUUCAUUGUUAACCUCUGUUUUCUAAGAGUAUUUUCUCAUUUUUCACCCAUAUGAACUGCCAAUUUCUUUUACAGAUGUGUGAAAGUGGUAUCAUAAGUAAUACAAGUUUCAUUUAGUGUGCCUAUUUGCCAAAGUUGUUGUACAAUGAUUCACUUCAGGCCUAAUCCACUCACAGCAUUUAGGGGAAUUUAUGUGUGUGAUGGCUGAAGUGUUGACCACAGUGUUUGUACUGUUGGUUGCAGUUUGUUAAGUUAACAUAUAUUGUUGUCUAAAUGUAAACUGUACUAAAAACAAAGUGAUGAAUUGGUUCUACCACAUGUACAUAGAUGCUUCUACUAAGAAAAUAGGUAGUUUUUUUAACAUACCAAAGUUUAUUUGUAUGCAUGCCUUUCAAAUACUUUAGGAGAGUGGUGUAAAAAAAGAAUUAUGUUUGCACAGAUAGAUUUUGUAAAUAUCUGGUUUUCUCUCAUUUUUGUAAAGCUUUAAAUCAUACUAUAAAGGAGCAAUGUGGUAAAGACAAAACUGUGUUGGAGUAGCAAAAAUAAAGACUUGCAUGCUUGUAAUGCA